GAAAUGCUGGACGGUGUGAAUAUAUUUUGGAGAUAAAGUUCUUCAAAAUGGCGCCUCCAUUCAUUUCUCAGGCUUCGCUGAAGAACCUAACUUUUAACUGUUAGGGAUUAGAAAGUGCUGAGGAAUUUAGGUGCUAACAAUAACAGUCGAAUAGGUCUUAUUUCGUAUGAAUCACAGGUUCUCCUUAAAUCCGUUUUUUUGACUCAUCAUCGAAACCGAAAGUUAACGCUAAAGGAAGUUUAUCCCAGUCUGGCAGUUCAGAGCUCAGCGGGACCAGUUAGCGCUCUCUGUGUUAGUCACUAAACAUGUGACUUUUUCACUAAGGCGAGGAGACGAAACUGUGUAUUUGUCACAAGGCGAUAAUUCAGCUAAUUAAAACUGGGAAAGUUUCUCAGAGAAACAGCAUGGUGUGUUCUUCAGUCACUCAGUGUUUCUUCGACUAUUCCACUCCCAAAAUCUUAGUGAUCCGGAGUAAGAAAGUGGGAGCUGUUAACCGCCUGGCCCAGGCUCUGGUAAUAGCAUACAUCGUUGGAUAUGUGUGUGUUCUGAAGAAAGGCUACCAGGACACUGACACCGUCAUCAGCUCAGUCACUACCAAGGUCAAAGGUCUAGCACUGACCAACACAACGGACCUGGGCCUGCGCAUCUGGGAUGAGGCUGACUACAUUGUGCCCCCUCAGGAGGAGAACUCCUUCUUUGUGUUGACAAACCUGAACAUCACACCAAACCAGACACAGUCACAAUGUGCUGAGAAUCCUGGACCUGAAACAUCAUGUGUCUCUGAUCAAGACUGUAAGAGAGGACUUCAUGACAGUCGCCGAAAUGGUGUGCAGACUGGCAGGUGUGUGAAGUUCUCAGAGUCAGAGAAGACGUGUGAGGUGUAUGCUUGGUGUCCUCUGGAGAAAAACAAUAAUCCUCCAAAACCUGCAAUGCUGGCAGAAGCAGAAAACUUCACUGUCCUAAUAAAAAACAACAUUCGAUACCCCAAAUUCAAUUUCAACAAACGAAACAUACUACCCCAUGUAAACAGCACCUACUUGUCAAAGUGUGUGUUUAACCGUAUUACAGAUCCAGACUGCCCAAUCUUUAGACUCGGGGACAUCGUGGCUGAGGCUAAUGAGGAUUUCCAAACCAUGGCAGUUCAGGGGGGAGUCAUGGGAGUGCAGAUCCGCUGGGACUGUGAUCUGGACUUGUCCGAAAAGUCGUGUAUCCCUCAAUAUGCAUUCCGAAGAUUAGAUAAUAAAGAUCCAGACAACGUUGCUCCCGGAUACAACUUCAGGUUUGCAAAAUAUUUCAGAAAUGCAAAUGACCAGGAGAUCAGGACGUUAAUCAAAGGUUACGGCAUCCGCUUCGAUGUUAUGGUCUUUGGAACUGCGGGGAAAUUCAACAUCAUCCCGACACUGCUGAACAUCGGGGCUGGCUUGGCACUCCUUGGUCUGGUGAAUGUGGUGUGUGACUGCAUUUCUCUGACUUGUAUGGAUAAAAGACACUAUUACAGAGAACAGAAAUAUACUUAUGUCGAUGACUUUGAAAUUUUAAUCAAUGAUCCAUAGAAGUAACACUGCCGUGACAUGAAGAUCUGCUGGACGCUUUUUGACCAAUGUUAAUAUUGCUGUUUUUCUGUGCUGAACAUUUGUUAUUUUUAUGCAUCAAUUAAACUAAAUGAAAACCA